CUUCCGGCCGUGAGCUGGGCUGCGAAUUGGGCGGCCAGAGCUGAGAAUCCCGCUCAGCCGGUCAUCACCUGAGCCGGGCUGCAGCCAUGAGCAGCGAUGACUCCUCCCUCAUGGCUUCGAUCAUUUACUACAGCCAGGAAAAGUACUUCCACCAUGUGCUGCAGGCUGCGAAUGUGGGCCUAGAGAGGUACAGCAGCGACCCAGUGCUGCAGUUCUUCAGAGCGUAUGGAGUCCUUGGGGAAGACCACAUCCACGAUGCCAUCAGCGAGCUGGAAGGCAUCCAAAGCCACCCAGACACGUCCCUGUGCGCGGUCAUCGCCCUGCUUUCUGCUCACAAAUGCUGCGACACCAUCGACAUAGAAGCAGUUCAGGAACUGGAGAGCAGCUUGAAGGAAAUUCGCAGGUCAGCCAGCAGCACUGCCCUGUACUACGCCAGCCUCUUCCUCUGGUUCAUGGGUCACCACGACAAGGCCAGGGAGUAUGUUGACCACAUGUUGAAGGUCUCCAGCGGCUCCAAAGAGGGCUAUGUGCUCAAAGGCUGGGUGGACCUUACCUCCAGUAAACCCCACGUUGUGAAGAAAUCCAUCAAGUACCUAGAACAAGGAACUCAAGACACCAAAGAUGUGCUGGGGCUCAUGGGCAAGGCAACGUACUUCAUGACACAACAGAACUUCUCCGGGGCCCUGGAGGUGGUGAACCAGGUCACCUUGGCCUGCAGCAACUUCCUGCCGGCUUUAGUCCUGAAGAUGAAGCUGUUCCUGGCUCGGCAGGAUUGGGAUCAGACGAUAGAAACCGGACAAAGAAUCCUUGAAAAAGACGAAAACAAUAUCGAUGCCUGGCAAAUUCUAGCUGUGCACGAGCUGGUGAAAGAAGGGAACACAGACAGAGCUGCCGACCGGGUCAGAAACCUCAUCAAGGCACUAGAGACUGGAGAGCCCCACAAUCCAAACCUACAUCUUAAGAAGAUCCUUGUAAUCAGCAGGCUGGGAGAGAAGGUACCUGCAUCUCCUAUGCAGAAUCACACCAGCUGUGACCUACCUCCUCCUGGCAGUAACCUGACCGACAGCCCACCUGGGCCUCUGACGUCAAAGGUCCAAACAGACCAAGUUGCUAUGGAGUUUGUCUUUUGUAAAGCCUUCACUCCCAAGCAAGGGAGCAUCUGGUGCCAGAUCCUACAGGGCCAGCUGGAGGAGGCUGCUCACCAGCUGGAGUUCCUCAAGGAGGUGCAGCAGUCCCUUGGGAAGUCUGAGCUGCUGGUUUUCCUGCAAGCCCUCGUAGCAGCUAAGAAGCAAAGGCUGGAGCAGGAGGCCACGGAGCUCCUGAAGGAGGCGGUGGAACUGCACUUCUCCAGCAUGCAGGGCCUGGCCCUGAGCCCCGAGUACUUUGAAAAGCUGGACCCCCUCUUUCUGGUCUGCAUCGCCAAGGAGUAUCUGCAUUUCUGCCCCAAGCAGCCCCGGUCACCCGGCCAGCUCGUGUCUCCACUUCUUAAACAAGUCACCAUGAUCUUGAGUCCUGUGGUGAAGGUGGCCCCGGCCAUGAUGGAGCCACUGUAUGUGACGGCUCAGGUCAAGUUCCUCUCAGGAGAGCUGGAAAAUGCGCAGAGCACCCUGCAGCGCUGCCUGGAGCUGGACCCCACAUUUGUGGAUGCUCACCUCCUCAUGUCCCAGAUCCACCUGGCCCAGGGCAACUUCGCCAUGUGCUCCCAUUGCCUAGAGCUGGGUGUCAGCCACAACUUCCAGGUCCGAGACCAUCCCCUCUACCACUUCAUCAAAGCCAGGGCCCUCAAUAAGACGGGCGACUAUGCCGAGGCCAUAAAGACCUUAAAAAUGAUCAUAAAGGUUCCCACCUCGAAGGCAGAAGAGGGCAGGAAGUCCCGAAGCCCCUCCGUUCGGCCCAGCGAGCGGGCAUCCAUCCUGCUAGAGCUAGUAGAGGCCCUCCGACUGAAUGGGGAACUGCACGAGGCCACCAAGAUCAUGCAGGACGCCAUCAAUGAGUUCAGCGGCACGCCAGAGGAGAUGCGCAUCACGGUCGCCAACGUGGACUUGGCUCUGAGCAAGGGCAACGUGGACCUGGCGCUGAACAUGUUAAGAGGUAUCACACCCAAGCAACCCUGCUACACAGAAGCCAAGGAGAAGAUGGCCAGCAUCUACCUGCACACUCGCAAGGACGUGCGCCUCUACAUUGGCUGCUACAUGGAGCUUUGUGAACAUCUGCCCGGCCCCCACAGCAGCCUGCUACUGGGUGACGCUUUCAUGAACAUUCAGGAGCCUGAGAAGGCCCUGGAGGUGUAUGACGAGGCCUAUAGAAAGAACCCUCACGACGCCUCCUUGGUCAGCAGGAUCGGACAGGCCUACGUGAAGACCCACCAGUACGCCAAGGCCAUUAAUUACUACGAGGCUGCCCAGAAGAUCAGCGGGCAGGACUUCCUGUGCUGCGAGCUGGCCGAGCUCCUCCUCAAGCUGAAGAAAUACCACAAGGCAGAGAAGGUGCUGAAGCAGGCCUUGGAGCGAGACUCGGGGGUCAAGGACAUCCCAUCCAUGAUAAAUGAGGUCAAGUGCUUGCUUUUGUUGGCAAAGGUUUACAAGAGCCACAAGAAGGAAGAGGUGAUGGAAACCCUGAAUCUGGCCUUGGACCUCCAGUCCCGGAUACUGAAGCGGGUUCCUCUGGAGCAAUCGGAAAUGAUCCCCUUCCAGAAUCAGCUGGCAGCCUCCAUCUGCAUCCAGAUUGGGGAACAUCAUCUCGCGGAGAAAGAUUAUGACAGCGCCGUGAAAUCCUAUAAGGACGCCCUCGCCUACUCGCCCACAGACAGUAAGGUGGUGCUGGAGCUGGCCCAGCUCUACCUGCUUCAGGGGCAGCUGGACCUGUGUGAACAGCGCUGUGCCCCCCUCUUAGAGAUGGAGCAGACCCACGAGAGAGCCGCUGUGAUGCUGGCCGACCUGAUGUUUAGAAGACAAAACUAUGAAACUGCCAUCAAUCUCUACCACCAAGUGCUGGAGAAAGCUCCAGACAAUUUUUUGGUAUUGAAUAAACUGGUCGAUCUGCUACGACGGAGCGGCAAGCUUGAAGAGGCCCCUGCUUUCUUUGAACUGGCCAAGAAGGUGUCUAGCCGGGUGCCUUUGGAGCCAGGGUUUAACUACUGCCAAGGCAUUUACUUUUGGCACAUUGGACAGCCCAAUGAAGCCUUGAGGUUUCUGAACAAAGCCCGAAAGGACAGCAUUUGGGGCCAGCGUGCCACCUGUUACAUGGUACAGAUCUGUCUGAACCCUGACAAUGAGAUUGUCGGUGGAGAGGCUUUUGAGAGCCUGGUGGGUGACAGCAACUCUGCCAGUAGAAAGGAGUCUCAGCAGCACGGGGUGCGCACUGCAGAGAAGCUACUCCGGGAAUUUUACCCACACUCGGAAUCCGGGCAGACCCAGCUGCGGCUGCUGCAGAAUCUCUGCCUGCUGGCCACCAGAGAGAAGGCGAAUGUAGAGGUGGCUCUGGGAGCCUUUAUCGAGAUGGCCCAGGCUGAGAAGGACAGCAUCCCUGCACUGCUGGCCAUGGCGCAGGCCUAUAUACUCCUGAAGCAAGUCCCCAAGGCCCGAACGCAGCUGAAGCGCCUGGCCAAAGUCCCAUGGAUGGUCGACGAGGCCGAAGACCUGGAAAAGAGCUGGCUUCUGUUGGCAGAUAUCUAUUGCCAAGGCGGCAAGUUCGACCUGGCCUUGGAGCUACUGCGCCGCUGCCUGCAGUAUAACAAGUCUUGCUGCCGGGCCUAUGAGUACAUGGGCUUCAUCAUGGAGAAAGAGCAGUCAUACAAGGAUGCAGCAACCAACUAUGAGCUGGCCUGGAAGUACAGUCAUCGGGCCAACCCCGCCAUUGGUUUCAAACUAGCUUUCAACUACCUGAAAGACAAGAAGUUCGUGGAUGCCAUUGAAGUCUGUCACAGCGUCCUGACGGAGCACCCCAAGUACCCCAAGAUCAGGGAGGAGAUUUUGGAGAAAGCCCAAGGGUCCUUGAGGCCCUAGCUGUGGCUGGAAGGGGCUUGGGCAGGGAGAAGCAUCAGUCUACAGACGACGACGGUUCAGGGGGGGAGUAGGAAGUAAAACCGAGGAGAGACGAGUGAGAAAUGCACACUCUCCCCGUUUCUGUGUCGUCUGUGCUUUGUUUGGACCCACGCCUCGUGUGGGAGCUUCAUGUUUCUAUGGCCUGAGAAGUAAUCUUGCCGGGGGAAGGAAGGCAGCGGCUUAGCCUGUGCCAGGGGCAGGGGCGGGGGGUGGGAAUCCCUCCCUGAGUCUUUCUCAUAGACCCCCACAUUUGUUCCAGACUCUUGAAGACCUGAAACAGAGACCCCCCCACCCCAGCACAGUGACAGUUAGGAAAGUACCCUAGGGUUACUUUGAAGUGUGCCCCUACCCCAGUCUCGUCCCCAGCAUCUCAGAGCGAGAGAAGCGCUGCCCCUCCCCGCCAUGAUGCCCACCAGGCCUGCCCAGCAAUGGGCUCAGACAGGACCAGCUGCAGCACGGCCCUGAGCUAAGGCCCUGGGCAAGAGGGCAGCAGAUUUUCAAGGCCCAUUCAUUGGGCUUCUCUGUCCCCACGUUCUGCUCCUACCCACCUCCCCCAGGCUGGACCACACCGGUUUGGGAUAAGCCAGAUUACCACUGAGCCCCAUCCUCCCCCUACACACAACCACGCUUUGGCUUUUGUAAAAGAUAUUGGCCAACCUGCUCACCUUCCAGGCUCCCACUUUUAAUGCCUAAGGGGGCAGACACAGUGGUCCACGUUCAGGUGGCUAAUGAUCAUUUUAACUGGGUUUCUGCUUCUCGGGAUGGGAUUGUGGGUCACCCCAGCCUCAGGGGAAGGAACUCUGGUAUCUGGAGGCCCGAGGUCGCACUGUGUGCUCUUCCUAAGUGCUUGCCCUUUCUGGAUCUCAGUGCCCCACUGUUCAGCAAGAAAUUAGACCAGACCUGGGCAGGGCACGCUGACUCGGCAGAGCACGUGCCUAGCAUGCACGAAGCCCUGGGUUUGACCCACGGCAUCACUUAAACUGGCUUUGGUGGUGCACACCUGGAACCCCAGCACAUUGGAGGUAGAGGCAGUAAAGUCAUCAGGUCAUCUUAGUGUCUGAGGUUGUCUUGGGGUACAUGAGACCAUGUCUCAAAAAAGAAAAAAGAAAAAAAAAGACUCUAUUUCCCAAAUCGUUGUAUCAUGCUUUGCCGGUAAUGUCUAGAAAAUGGUUUGUUUAUAGUGCUGGGAUAGAAAUGAGGGGUGCAUUUUGUACCCCCAAGCUAUACUUUUCACCCCUUAAAUUGAACCGUGUUUAUAUAAUAGCUAGCACAACACAUUUAGGGAUUCUUAGGCACUGUUGAAUAGGAUCUCUCACUUUUAAGGCUACUGAUAUAUUCUAUUUAAAGAACUACAGGCAGGCAUGGUAUAAUCCUACAGUUACAGUCCCAGCGCUUGGGAGGGGUGACAAGGAGGGCAGCUGCAAGCCUGAAGCCAGCCUGGCUUGCACAGUGAGUUCCAGGACCAUCCAGGCCUGUAUAACGAGAUGCAGCCUCAAAAGGAGAGGGGUGAGAUAGCCCAGCAGGUAAAGGUUCCUGUCCCAACUCUUGAUAACCCGAUUCGAAUCCCUGGGUCCCACACGGUGGAAGGAGAGCACCACCAACUCCAGCAAAGUCGUCCUCUGACCUCCACACAGGAAUUGUAGCAUGUAUCAACUCACUGUAUAAUCAAAAUAAAAAUGUCAUGAUGACUGA